AAUCGAAAAUAAUAACAAUAAUUGACUUAAAAUUACGCUGAUAUUGCAAUAGUUAACCCACAACUAUGGAACUCAACGAGGAAUAUAUUGUUUACUUAAUACUGCUAUUUUCAUGGGCAGAAUAUUUGUGGGAGUUGUAUUUGUCAUUGCGGCAGUUAAAAAUCUACAAAACAAACAACACUAUUCCUGAGGACUUGAGGGAGAUGUUAAAUGAAGAAUCGUUCAAGAAAGCUCGUCUGUAUGGUAUUGACAAGUCGCAGUUCAAGAUCGUAAAGGAAUUUUAUAGUAUAGUAUUAACAUCCGUAAUACUUUAUCGACGGUGGAUUGCUGUGGCAUGGUUUGAAUCGGAGAACAUUUCAAAAUCCCUCUAUGUAUCACCGGACAGAGAAAUAUUUGUGACUUGUGUCUUUAUGACUAUAGUGACACUGUUUAACUAUGUUAUAAUGUUGCCCUUUAAGAUUUAUGGCACAUUUGUGCUUGAGCAAAAGCAUGGUUUUAAUAAGCAGACAGUAGGAUUCUUUAUUAAGGACCAGUUUAAAUCUUUGGUUUUGAGUCUGAUCAUUACCAUUCCAUUAGUAUCUAUUGCAAUCUAUAUUAUCAUGGUAGGAGGAGAUAUGUUUGUUGCUUAUCUUUGGUUGUUUACUACUGUCGUUUCCUUAUUACUAUUGAUGCUGUACCCUACUGUUAUUGCUCCUCUGUUUGACAAAUUUGUGCCUCUGCCCGAGGGUUCUCUAAGGAAAGGCAUUGAGGAACUAGCAUCAAAGCUUAAGUUCCCGCUCUCACAAGUAUACAUAGUAGAGGGAUCAAAAAGAUCUGCACACAGCAAUGCAUAUUUUGGUGGACUUUUCGGUUCAAAAAGAAUUGUACUCUUUGAUACAUUGCUAGAAAAGUAUGAUGAUGAGAAAAAAGCUUUGACUGGAUGUAAUGACAAUGAAAUUCUAGGAAUUCUAGCUCAUGAAUUGGGGCACUGGAGUUGCAACCAUUUGACAAAGAACAUAGCUUUGACUGAACUUAAUUUGUUGUUGUUAUUCACAGCGUUUGGAUCACUUUUCAAGUAUUCCAUGUUGUAUACUGCUCUUGGAUUUCCGGCAGGGCAAAAGCCUAUCAUAAUUGGUUUAAUUGUGGUUUUACAAAUGAUACUUGCGCCAUACAAUUCAAUUUUAUCCUUCUUCUUAACAGCAUUAUCUAGGAAACAUGAAUUUGAGGCUGAUAACUUUGCUGUGUCUUUGAAUUAUCCCACAGAACUUAGGUCCGCACUAAUAAAGCUUGGUAAAGACAAUCUGGACUACCCUAUCUAUGAUAAGCUAUACUCAGCAUGGUACCAUUCUCAUCCUACUUUGUUACAAAGAAUAGAAAAUAUUAAUAACCAAUUAGUUGAAGAUAAGAAACUGAACUAAGUUAUUCCAAUAUGCAUUUACAACAACCAUUCUUUUCAAUAAGUACAUUUUUGUAUACCUGUUAUUUAAUAAUGGUAAAACCAGU